AAGCCCCUGUCAUUUGCGGAUUGUGUUGGCGAUGAACUGCCAUGGGGAUGGGAAGCCGCAUAUGAUCCUCAGAUUGGCGUAUACUAUAUCGAUCACAUCAACCAAACAACACAAAUAGAAGAUCCCAGGAAGCAAUGGAGGCAAGAACAAGAGAGAAUGUUGAAAGAUUAUCUUAUGGUAGCCCAGGAUGCUCUCAGUACUCAGAAAGAACUGUACCAGGUGAAGGAACAGAGGCUAGCACUUGCACUGGAUGAGUACGUACGGUUGAAUGACGCCUACAAAGAAAAAUCCAGCUCUCGUACAAGCUUAUUCUCAGGCUCCUCAUCAAGCACAAAAUAUGACCCUGAUAUUCUGAAGGCUGAAAUCUCCACUACAAGACUAAGGGUUAAGAAGCUGAAGAGGGAACUCUCUCAGAUGAAGCAAGAGCUGCUGUACAAGGAACAGGGCUUUGAAACACUGCAACAAAUUGACCAAAAAAUGUCUGGAAGCCAGAGCGGGUAUGAACUGUGUGAGGCCAAAGCCAUCCUGAGUGAACUGAAGUCCAUCAGAAAGGCGAUAAGUUCAGGGGAGAGAGAAAAACAAGAUUUAAUGAAGAGUCUUGCAAAGCUGAGAGAGAAAUUCAACCUUGAGCAGACUGUUGGGACAUCUGAACCAGACUUGAAUUCCAGCUCUGUAAACUCCCAGCUGUGUUUUUCUAGACAAACUCUGGAUACAGGGUCUCAGACUGACAUUUCUGGUGAGGCUGGAGCAAGAAGUAGAUCCAUUUUAGCAGAGAAGGUCAGACUGAGCCUUCAAUAUGAAGAGGCCAAAAGAAGCAUGGCCAACUUGAAGAUUGAACUCUCUAAGCUGGAUAGCGAAGCCUGGCCUGGGGCGCUGGAUGUGGAAAAGGAAAAACUGAUGUUAAUCAAUGAAAAAGAAGAGCUUUUAAAGGAGCUCCAGUUCAUUACACCACGCAAGCGUACUCAAGAUGAGCUAGAGCAGCUAGAAGCAGAAAGGAAGAGGCUUGAAGAAGAACUGCUGUCGGUGAGAAGCACACCCAGUCAAGCACUUGCUGAAAGAUUGAAAUUGGAGGAGAGAAGAAAAGAGUUGGUACAGAAACUUGAAGAAACUACGAAGUUAACUACGUAUUUGCAUUCACAGCUUCGGAGCCUCUCGGCGAGUACGCUGUCUGUGUCUUCAGGGAGCAGCCUGGGAUCUCUGGCAUCCAGCCGCGGAUCUCUCAACACGUCGAGCAGAGGGUCGCUGAACUCGCUCAGCUCCACCGAUCUCUACUACAACCACGGCGAUCAAAUACCGGAUUUGGACUAUCAGUAUAAACUUGACUUCAUAUUGCAAGAAAAAAGCGGUUACAUUCCUUCGGGGCCUAUCACUACCAUUCAUGAAAACGAAGUGGUGGGUUCCCAUGGGAGGCUGGGUUACAGUGACUCUCCUUCAGCUGCAGACCAUUCCAGAUCGACUGAACCUCCCAAAUCUGUGACGUCCCUGUCUUCCAGAUCCUCACUGUCCUCCUUGUCCCCCCCUGGCUCCCCUUUGGUUUUAGAAGCUGCCUUUUCAGGGUCAGCUCAGAAUUCCCCCCUGCAUCACCUCACUGCGGACUUUGAAGACUGUGGCAUUUCGGGUGAUUUUGCAGGCAUUAGUCUCUGUGAGAACCAAAUAUUACUGGACUCUGAAGCUGGAGCAGGAUCUCAGAUUCCUACGGAUGCUAAAGAUCUUAAUGAAGGCAUUAGGCAGCCGCUGCCUUCUCUACAUGAAGGAAGUUCAGGUGUUGACUUACCGAGAAGAGCAGCGAGUCACCUGCUGGAGGAGAAGACAGCUUGUGUAUCUGCGGCGGUGUCCGAUGAGUCUGUAGCUGGAGAUAGCGGGGUGUAUGAAGCUUCCAUGAAACAACCGAAUGAAACUGAGGACGUUGUGUAUAGCGAAGACGAUGCAGCAGCGCUGGAGGCUGCCCAGGUACAGAUAGGGCUCAGAUACGACCGCAGCAAUUCAAGUUUUGUGAUAAUCAUCGUACAGCUCAGAAAUCUUCCAGCGUUUUCUGUCCCCCUGGGCUCUAAAGUGUAUGUUAGAGUAGCCAUGCUUCCAUCCUCAACUGAUAUCAGCUGUCUGUUCCGCACAAAAGUUCAUCCUGCCAUGGAAACCAUUUUAUUCAACGAGAUAUUCAGAGUAGCCAUUCCCCAAGUCACGCUACUACAGAAGACACUGAGAGUAGAUGUCUGUGCUGUCAGUAGAAGUCGUCGGGAAGAAUGCUUGGCUGGGACUCAGAUCAGUCUGGCAGAUUUAUUGUUUUCUGACGAGACUUGUACUCUGUGGUACAACCUGUUGCCUCGCAAGCAAAUUCCCGGCAAAAAAACGAAGGACCAAAAUGAAGAAUCCAUGUUUCUGUUAAGCAAGCAGUCACCAGACUCACUGGACUUGGAUGCUGUGUCAGCGCUGCUGGAGAGGACAUCUGCUGAGCUGGAAGCAGUAGAACAAGAGCUGGCUGAAGAUGACGAGGAGGAGGAACAGGAGCAAAGGGGCUCUGAGGAAGACUGGUUAGAAAUGCUGGCGGAAGCCUCUGAUGACGUUGUGGAUGAAGAGGAAGACGGCAUUCAGCUGGCAGUAGAAGGCAGCUGUCCUGAUGGCAUGGCGUUACUUGUGGAUGCACCAGAGACAAAUGGCAAGGACAGAGCGAACAGCGAUGAGGCCCGUGAAAGCCAGCGAGCUGCCGUAAUACUAACACUGGUUGAUAAAGAGACCAGCACUGAGGAAUCGGUUAAUGAGAAUGCACCAGUCCGGCCCAAGGACAGAGGCAGCUGGAGCUCGAGACAGCGUCCCUUUGUCAGGAACAGCAUGAUAGUGCGCUCACAAACCUUCUCUCCAGGCGAGCGGAACCAAUACAUCUGUAGGUUGAAUCGAAGUGACAGCGACAGCUCAACGCUAGCAAAAAAGUCUCUCUUUGUGAGAAAUGCCACAGAACGGCGGAGCCUAAGAGUUAAACGGCCUGUUUGCCAGCCAAUCAUGCGAAGAGCUGCGCACGAGUGCCCCAUGCGCACCUCCCUUGACUUGGAGCUGGACCUCCAGGCGUCACGCACGAGGCAGAAUCGUCUGAACGAUGAGCUGCAGGCCUUGCGGGAUCUCAAACAAAAGCUUGAGGAAAUGAAAGGCAGAGGAGAGACAGACCUUCCCCUGUGUGUGCUAGAGGAUGAACGAUUCCAGAAGCUCCUGAAACAAGCUGAAAAACAGGCUGAACAGUCAAACGAAGAACAGAAACAAGGUUUAAGUGCUGAGAAAUUGAUGAGGAAAGCUUCUAAGGACGUGUGCCGGUUACGGGAGCAGAGCCAGAAAGUGCCGCUGCAGGUGCAGUCAUUCAGGGAGAAGAUAGCAUACUUCACAAGAGCAAAGAUCAGUAUACCAGCCCUUCCAGCUGAUGAUGUAUAAUUAUGGAUUUUCACUGAAGUGUUUUUCCACUUGCUCAUCUCUUUUCAGAUGAACUUUGUAGUUCCAGCUUUUAAAGAUCUUCUAUUUUACAUUCACUAUUGAUAUGUUUAUUUGUAAAAUAGCGUGAAUUGAAUUGUAUGCUUAAAAAA